AUGAUCCCCGUGGAGCCAGUCAUGGGUACGAGAGACUUCUACCCCGAAGACAUGCGUGCCAGGAACUGGCUCUUCGGUCACUUCAAGGAGGUUGCCCGGCGCUUCGCGUUCCAAGAGUAUGACGCGCCAGUCCUCGAGCACGAGGAGCUGUACAAGAGGAAAGCAGGUGGAGAGGAGAUCACUCAGCAGAUGUACAACUUCGUGGACAAGUCGGGAUACGCGGUGACGCUCAGGCCCGAGAUGACCCCUACUCUUGCCCGCAUGAUUUUAGGUGACCCCACCACGAAGAUGAUCCUGCCCGUCAAGUGGUUCAGCCUUCCGCAAUGCUGGCGGUUUGAGACAACGCAGAGAGGACGUAAGAGGGAGCACUAUCAGUGGAACAUGGACAUUGUCGGGGUCAAGUCCAUCACCGCUGAGGUCGAGCUGCUGGCUGCCAUUACCACCUUCUUCACGCGCGUGGGGAUCACUGCCAAGGACGUUGGAAUCAAAGUGAACUCCCGCAAGGUCAUGGCUUCCAUCCUCAAGGCGCAGGGCAUCAGCGAGCAGCAGUUCGCUCCUGUCUGUGUUGUGGUGGACAAACUUGACAAGAUCGGCCCCGAGGAGGUCACCAAGGAGCUUGUGCAGCUGGGCGUGUCAGAGAAGACAGCUGGGACGAUCAUCGAGACGAUGAGUGCUAGGAGCGUCGAGGAGCUCUCAACCAUCGCUGAGGGAGCCGAUCAGGAGGGUCUGGACGAGCUCAAAGAAUUGUUUGUUCAGGCCGAGGCCUACGGCUACGGAGAUUUCAUGCAGUUCGACGCGUCCGUUGUGAGGGGGUUGGCGUAUUAUACCGGCAUUGUGUUCGAGUGCUUCGACCGCAGUGGAGAGCUCCGUGCCAUCUGCGGAGGAGGACGAUACGAUCGCCUGCUGUCGCUCUAUGGAUCGAAACAAGAGGCAAGCGAAGUUCCCUGCGUUGGGUUUGGCUUCGGCGACUGCGUUAUCAUGGAGCUGCUCCAGAUGAAGAAUCUCCUCCCUGACUUCCCCCAGCUGACCGACUUCGUCGUCGCCGCCUUCAGCAAGGAUAUGCUGCCCAACGCGCUGACGGUGGCUGCCAAGCUGAGAGAGGCAGGAGCGACGGUGGACAUGCAGGUGGAGCUGAAGAAGAAAGUCGGUCAGACCUUCGACUACGCCAACCGUGUGGGCGCGCAGUACGUGGCGCUGGUUGCUCCCGAUGAGUGGGAUAAGAACAUGGUUCGUGUGAAGGAUCUGCGUAUGGAGGAUAAGGAAGCCAACCAGAAGGAUAUUCCUCUGGACAAGCUUCACGAAUGGCGAACAUUCUUUGGCUCAACUUGAUUUGCUUGGCACGCAUGUUGAGUGAAGAACUUCAGUUGAC